CUCCUUGUCAGAGAAUAGACACAGCGAUUUUUUAAUUGUGUUUCAAUCGCAAAAAAACAGUAGUGCCUCAACAAAUUGAUCAAAAUGGUGUCGUUGAAUCCAGUGCAGAUAUUGAAAAAUGAGGCCGAGGAAGAAAAGGCCGAGACGGCCAGGUUGAGCAAUUUUGUGGGCGCCAUAGCCAUUGGGGAUCUGGUCAAAUCGACCCUGGGAUCAAAGGGAAUGGACAAGAUUCUCAUAUCUUCCGGACGCGAUCGGGGACAGAUACAAGUAACGAACGAUGGUGCUACGAUUCUCAAGAGCGUGGGUGUUGAUAACCCGGCGGCCAAGAUUCUCGUUGACAUGUCGCGCGUCCAGGAUGACGAAGUCGGCGAUGGUACCACCUCGGUCACAGUGUUGGCUGCUGAACUAUUAAGGGGAGCAGAAUUGCUGAUCGGACAGAAGAUCCACCCACAAACCAUUAUUGCAGGAUGGAGGAAUGCAGCUGCAGUUGCCCGGGAAGCUUUGAGCAAAGUAGCUGUGGACAAUUCAGCAGAUCCCGAACGUUUCAAGGAAGAUCUGUUAAACAUUGCUCGCACCACUCUCAGUUCCAAGAUUCUGUCACAGCACAAAGAAUACUUCAGCAAGCUAGCUGUGGACGCAGUUCUUAGGCUCAAAGGAUCUGGAAAUCUGUCAGCUAUUCAAAUCAUCAAAAAGAGGGGUGGCACCUUGGGAGAUUCGUUCUUAGAUGAGGGUUUCCUUCUCGAUAAGAAACCUGGUAUGCACCAGCCUCAAAAAAUCACUGAUGCUAAGAUUCUCAUUGCCAACACACCUAUGGAUACAGAUAAAAUCAAGGUAUUUGGCUCAAGAGUUCGUGUUGACUCCAUGGCCAAGAUUGCUGAGCUUGAAUUGGCAGAAAAAGAAAAGAUGAAGGAUAAAGUAGAGAAAAUCCUCAAGCACGGUUGCAACGUAUUUAUCAACAGGCAAUUGAUUUAUAAUUAUCCAGAGCAAUUAUUUGCUGAUGCUGGAGUUAUGGCGAUUGAGCAUGCAGACUUUGACGGUAUUGAGAGGCUGUCUCUUGUAACUGGUGGUGAAAUCGCGAGUACGUUUGAUGACCCGGAAUCCGUAAAGCUGGGAAAAUGCAAUGCCAUUGAGCAGGUGAUGAUUGGUGAAGACACGAUUCUUCGUUUUUCGGGCGUGGCACUUGGUGAAGCCUGUAGCAUCGUGAUACGAGGAGCUACCCAGCAAAUCCUGGAUGAAGCCGAGCGAUCUCUUCACGACGCUCUUUGUGUCUUGACGUCAACGGUUCGGGAAUCGCGAAUAGUCUAUGGUGGAGGCUGCAGUGAAAUGGUAAUGGCAUGCGCCGUGAUGAAGGUUGCCGCUUCUACACCUGGCAAAGAGGCUGUGGCCAUGGAGUCAUUCGCUAAAGCUUUGCAACAACUGCCCACAUACAUUGCUGACAAUGGAGGCUAUGAUUCUGCUCAGCUUGUCAGCGAACUCAGAGCUGCACACAACUCAGGUGCAUUCACCAUGGGCUUGAAUAUGGACAAGGGAGAAAUCGCUUGUAUGAAGAAAAUGGGCAUUACAGAAUCGUGGGUUGUAAAAAGACAAGUGCUUCUCAGUGCAGCGGAAGCUGCUGAAAUGAUUCUAAGAGUCGAUGAUAUAUUGAAGGCAGCACCUAGAAAACGUGUUCCUGAUCAUGGCCGAUGUUAAAUUGUUAACAAAUCAUUUAAUGUUUCAACUCGCGAUUAUCAUUUAGCGAAAAUCGAAACGCGAGUGCGCUUUUUUUGCAACAUAAUUCUUGUCUUGUAAGAUUUUAUUUAACUAAUGCACUUGAACCGAUAUUCCAUUAAACAAAACCAUUUUUACUUACAAGUAAGCUUAACGAAAUUUAAAAAAUUACAAAUUUUAUAUGUUUGUAAAACAGAAGCUCGAUGAAUAAAACGAAUUUUUGCAUAUUUUA